CAAUUUAAACGUCACGUACGUAGUUGUCACAAUAUAUUAUAAAAUGUGCUUGUUUGACGAAGAUUAUCUAUAAAGAUUUUCACGAAAUAGUACCCGUUUCGUGAGAUAUAAAAUUUAAAGGAACUAUGAAUAUGCAGAUCACCAAUGGCCAUCUCGAAAUACAGUCUCAAAAACUUAAGCGGUCGCCUGCCACAGAUUACUUCCCAAAAGCACCAAAUGAUGAAAAAAGCGUCCGACAGAUGAAGGAACUUUCGCAACCCAAAUCCAAGCAGAAUCACUGGAAACUUCGACACAUUCGCACGUUCACACGCAACUAUCAGGAGCUUGAAUAUACGCCCCGAUCCUGCUACAUUUGUCGGCUAAACUUCGCCGAUGACGCCCGGUUUCGAGCCCAUCGGGAACGGCAUGGCAGCGAGUUCCGUACCAUACGCCAGCUGGACGACUGCAUCGAGGAUGAGGCCAUGUUCCAUUUGCGGUUAGACUUCAGACCAGACUUUGCCAAAACACUGGUAUACGUGAGGAACGUUUCACCCCAUCCGAUUUCGAUCCUUACCAUGGCUUAUCUUCAUCUGGCCAAUGGCGAACUGAUGACAUUGUUCGAAAGUGAGCUGCGCAUUCCAUGGGGAUCGUUCCAGACGUUUUCGUUCCACAGUUCGUACCUUUCGAAAGUGGGGCGUAAUUUUGCUUUGAUCCUCAUCGGCCGGCUGGAAAAGGGGAUCGAGGUGGUGGAGCAGUAUUAUCUGCAGGUUAGCGAGCUGAGUCACUAUUCCAAGGACCAGCUUGGUGUGAAGAAGCCACCGAUCCACUGCGCCAUGUUGAACAGCUAUCCUGUGCCGGCAAUUGUGCAGGAUUUGUACAAAGCUGAUUUCUCAGCGAAUGGUGCUGCGCGCAUCAAAGGGGCCACGCAGCUGCUGGAUAAGCUGCAGUUGUACAAGGAUGAGGGUUUGAAUCCUCAGAAUUAUAUCGAUUAUUUGAACGUGUUGAAUCAGAUCGAGGAUUUUGAUCUGCAGGUUGAGUACACGAAGUAUAGGAUCAACAAAGCAAAAUUGGUUCCUGGAAUUACCGAAAAGUUUUACCGGCUUACGGUCGAUCAAUUUGAGACUGCUCCGACGUUGCUGGAUGAGGAGUGCGGAGUGAAGAUCAUCAUACCAAGUGAAUUUGAAGAAAAAAGUUUCGCUGGAACGAUUCACAAGAUUCACCCCGAUUAUAUGGUGAUACACGUCAAUAAACCGCUGGAUCCUGCCCCGUUCUACUUAUUGAUAUUCGAGCUGAAUCGGAUGAGUUUCCAGCUGGAAUAUUUCGCUCUCAAUAUGCUGAAUAAGAUAGACAUCGAGAGAUUGCUGUUCCCCACGAUGCCGGCGAAGAAAAAUAUCUACUACGAAGAUUUUGCGUGGAGUAGCAAAAACAUAACCACAAACAGCGAGCAGAUGGCCGCCGUCCGAAACAUUGUCAACCGAACGGCUUUUCCUGCGCCCUAUAUACUUUUCGGUCCCCCCGGAACCGGUAAAACAUCCACUCUGGUGGAAGCGAUUUACCAGAUAUGGAAACUCCAGCCCAAGGCUAAUGUGCUUGUGUCGGCUUCUUCAAACUUUGCCUGUGACGAGUUCACCAAACGCUUGCUUGAGUUUGUUCCGGCGAGUGACGUGUUUCGUUUCCUGUCGAAAGCCUGCGAGAAAAAUGUGCUCACUAUAGACGAGGCUGUGAUUGGUAUCUCAAAUCUCGCUUCCGGUACGUAUACGGUGCCCUCGUGGCACGAUAUUUACAACAGUCGGGUGGUAAUAGCAACGGUCACAAUGUGCGGUCGGUUGUCCCAAGCGAAGAUCGACCCGAACCACUUCAGCUACAUAUUUAUCGAUGAGGCGGGCAGUACAAAGGAGGUGUCCUCGUUGAUACCGAUUGCAGGCAUCGGAACCAAUGGAAUGGAGAUAACGGCGAGCGUGAUACUCUCCGGUGAUCCGAAGCAGCUGGGACCAGUGAUUCGGUACGGUUAUUUGCGGGACACAGUGCAACAAAUUUCGAUGCUCGAGCGGCUGAUGAACCAUGACAUUUAUCGGAGGGAUUUGGACACGGGGAAGUACAAUACAUUGGUGCUAUCAAAAUUGAAGGACAACUAUCGGUCGCAUCGUCAUAUGCUCCAAUUUUCCAAUUACGCUUUCUACGACGGCGAUCUAAGAUCGCAAGCGCCGACUGGUGCUACGUGUUGGGCGAUCGGAUGGUCCGAACUACCCAGGAAGAAUUUUCCUUUGUUUUUCCACUCUGUGAGGGGUAUUACCGAGAAGGAUGCCCAUUCCUCCAGUCUAUACAAUCGACAGGAGGCUGAUCAGAUAAUUUUUUACGUGAGAAAUCUCCUCUCCAAAGGGAUCCGGGACAAACCCGUUGGGGAGCACGAAAUCGGAAUCAUUUCGCCCUACACCAAGCAGGUUCAUCUGAUCCAAACGCUGUGUAAGAACAACAACUGGGACCACGUGGAGGUGGGUUCGACCGAGCAGUACCAAGGGCGGGAAAAACCGAUAAUUUUGAUUUCCACCGUCCGCUCCGGGACAUCCACGGUGGGAUUUCUGUGCAAUGAGAAGCGACUGAAUGUGGCCAUCACACGGGCCCGGGCGCUCAUGAUUAUAGUUGGCAAUCCGGACACACUGCAGCUCGAUCUGCACUGGUACUCGCUGUUGAAGUACUGUGUGGACAAUAAUGGCUUCAAGGGCAGCCAGUUUGCGCUGGUGCCGCCGUAUAAACAAACCAAUCAGGGGAGUUUCCUGAGCAAGUGGUGAAUUUGAUAGGGAAUUUAGACUCUUUUGAUUGUUAAAAAGUGUUAAUCCAAAAGUAUUUAUCAACAUUUAUUUUAUAAUGUUAUAUUUUUCAGAUGUAUUUAUGAAUUUAUUUGAUGGAAUCGAUUCUACUGAAUGUAAAAUAUAAAUAAAGUUGAA